GUCAGCGCGCGCGUGCCGGUGUGGAGGGCGGCAGCAAGCGAGCGAGCUCGGAGUCGCCGGCAUGGACGAGGUGUGGUUAGUCUCCAUCUGCCUCACCUUCCUGGCCUUUGUGAUCGUUCUGCUGUCGCUGAGGAAGACCAACAAUGAGACCGAGAACGCGGUCAAGGCCAAGGAGCGGAGUCCCGCACCCGUGUUCGCCUCGGCCCAGCCGGCCGCUCGCUUCAUGGAGAUGACACUGGAGGACAUCGAGAAGUCGAUGGAGCGGCUGGGUGCGGUGAUGGGCGCUGAGACGGAGAAGCAGCCGCAGCCUGACCAGCAGAGUGCCCCCGCCAGCCAGGCCAGGGCUGUUGAAGUUAAGGCACUGCCAGUGCCAAAAGCUGAGUUGAUAAAUGAGCACUUUGCCACAGAAGACUGGGAAUUUGAAGAUGACGAGGAAAUUGGCGCACUUCAAUGCGAGGGAGCAGAAAAGCAGUACUAUCACCUCUACUGGGAUGAAGAGAGCUUACCUGACAGGUCCAGCUAUUCAGUUAGAGAAAAGGCAGAUUUAACUAGGAGGAAGAAAACAUAUAACCUGGACACCAGAGAAAGAGACAUGACCUGUUCUAAUAUUUUGCAGUCAAGCAGCAAUCCUCUAUAUCUGCAAUAUUCUGGUAAACAGUUCAUCAGAUGUCAGAGAAGUGGACAGGUAGACAAGGAGAUAUUGAGGACCUGCACCAUACAUCAAAGUGAUUCUACAGCCCAGCCGACCACUGAAUUGUCAAAGUCACUUCAGCCAGCCAGUGGACACAAUGUUAAUGAGAUUUCUACACAAUUAAAUUUGAGAUUAUGCAUGGAUAGACCAAUAUAUCUUGAAAGUGGAGACACAGAUGACUGUGGAAAACUUUGUGGUGAAGAGUUCAGUUUAUUAAAUUAUAAACUUCAGACCAGCCAUGGAGACAGUGAGUCAGAAAGCUCAAGUAUGGACAGUUUUUUUCCUCCAUCACCGAGACUCAGAAAAUGGUCACCAAUUCCAUUGAGCCUCGGCCAUUAUAUGGAGAGAGAGGAUUCUUCCAGUAUAGAUGAUAAUAGUUCAUCGCCCACCAAUAGCAAGGACAGCAGGUUUACUUCACAUGAGGAAAGUUCAAGCAGUGAUAUCAGUCUCCUCUCUUUCGUGAGUGACUCCAGCUUGAGUGAAUCAGACAUUAGAGACCAUAAGAACUCUACUCUUAUUACAAGAUUGAGAACAGGAUUGGUAAAGACUGUCACAAAAAACGAUAAAACACCAUUGCCUGACCUAGUCCCUGACUCCUCAAUAACAAAUCUAAAUGCCAGCAAAGACGUGGCAGUAUGUGACAUGCAGAUUUAUUUUACUGAGACUGAGAGGAAAGGUGAUUUGUUUGGAGGCCAAAAAUCUGAUAGCCACCCCUGCUCAGUUAGCUCAGAGGAGUCAUUGACCAGUUUAUGCAUUGUGCAGCCAACAACAUUUUACAGUGGAGAACCUAACACUACAAGCAUGAUCCUUAAUGUGGAAAAUGCUGGCCGUCAGAUUAGUUCAGAGUGCAGCAGAGAGCCUGUAAAUCGGAGAUCAGAGAAACAGUAUCGAAGGAAACAUGUGAAAGAUGAUACUUCUGCGAUAGAUACAUUUCUAUAUUGUAAGGAUGCUGAGAAUCAGCACGAAGGGGCCUUGUGUGAAACAAGUCCAAGCCAGGAUAUUUGGCCAGACUACAAUCAGGUCAAGAUCGAACCCUCAGAGCAAGCAGCUCCUCGGAGACAUGGUGCAGGAGAAGUCAAGAUCGAACCCUCAGAACAAGCAGCACCUCAGAGACAUGGUGCAGGAGAAGGGUUAGAAAUAAUGGAGCAUCCACCUGCCACCAGUUCAACCCGGAACAUAAUGGAACAGAUUGAGCAAGCUGUUCAAGAGACACCAGAACACGCUAAAGAGCGCUCAGAAUAUGUUCGGGUCAGACGGGCACCGGCCGCUCCCCGGCUUGAAACUCCACCCAGGGAUGAGAUUCCACACUCCCGAAGCUUUGAGUAGAUUUGGCUUCUCUGGGGUGACACGGUGGCUUUCGUGCUGUUGCUGCUUCUACUUGUGAAUUCAGCCGUUGAGGGUUGUGAUUGGGCAGAACCUGUUCUAUUACUGGGUUCUCAUCGAACUUCACUGCUGGAUACGGAUCACCGUUCUGUUCGAUGGAUAUUCUUACAGUUGAAAAUUAAGACCAACAGUUUUGAAGUGUUUGCCAGUAUGAUUGUGUGUUUCACAAUGCAUCUGUGGACGAUCUUACCAUCUGGAAGCUCUGCUAUUGCACACUCCUCCAAGGUUAUCCCACAAUCCUCAGCUCGGGUUCCUUCUCCUUCUGAAAACUUGUGGGAUAUCCUUUAAUUUCAAAUUGAAAAGCAGAGUAUUACUUUUCAUAAUUAUGGCCAUUGCAUAGUUUGUGAUCUAUUAAUGUGCUUGUGUGCCUUGCUGUGAUGGAUCAAAUAUGUUUUUUAAUCCUCUGAUUAGCAUGAUUUUGACAGCAGACAAUGUAAUUUUACAUGUAUGUGUGAUUUAAAAGUAGUCUUAAGUUUGUGGUCAACAUCUUUAUUGAAAGGUAUAGUUUUAAAUGUGAAAGCCUGAACAGGUGUAUUGGCCCGCCCCUCCCUGGCUAUGCUUGUGCUUAUGACAAAUCAUCUGAUGUGCUCAUAAACAACAGUCUCAUUGGGUGACAGGGAAGUUUGGACUGGAGAGCAAAUUUGAUAUUGGUCCACUUGUUAGCACAACUCUACCUUGAGCGGGCAUCGUUUACUUCAGCUGACUCCAGACUUUGAUUGUCCGUGCCUGUUAACUGUGGACCUUGCUUCUUCCCCUGAAUGAUUUCCUCUCUGCACCAUUAUCAUUCCCUGCUGCUGAUGAAGCCUCAAAUUCUCCAUCGGUUGGGAAAAUGGUUUGUUCCAGAAUAACAGCCUUCUAAUUCAACCAGCCUGCGGUUCACAAGCGUGAAGUCUCCAGCCCACUGAGUGAACUGGGAGUCUGAUGGCUGUCAGCAUUGGUAUACUCCACCGGUAUGUCAGAUCAUUAGUUGUGGGGGCAGAACCGAGUAUUAGUUGUGUGGCACCGAGUCCCUCUGCUCACUCAUUUACAAUCCAGUCAUUUUCCACUUGGAACACCCCACCCCUAUUUCCUUGUUGUCUUGUCUUCAUGCUCUGCUUGGUGAUGUUGGAGCAGCCAAGAAAUGGGAAAAAGUACGGAAAAUAAACUCUGGUUUUAAAACUU